AUGAAGGCCCUUGUCCUCCUGCUGCCUGGGAGGGCUGCACAGGUGAAGACGGCAGUCACUGGCCUGGGUCAGGGGCCCCCAACCUCAGAAUGUCCUCAGACCCUCCAAGGUGAGGCCAGAGCAGCUGCACCUCUGGGAGCGAACGCCGGCACCGUGAGGAUCCCCCUGGAUCUUGGUGCGGUGCCCACUGCAACGCAGCUGCAGGUGAACAGACGGCCAGGCCCAGCCAGCAGGGUGGUGCUGAAGGGCGUCCCCGCGCUGCCGUCCCCCGAGCCGCUCUACGCCCUGGCGCGGAUGGGGCACGGAGAUGAGAUCGGCCUGGGCAUCCCUCAGCGCCUGGAGGCUGUGCUGCAGCCAUUACCACUGGACUGCUACAUGGAGAGCCCGGCUGUGGUCGUGGAGCUGGUGCCCAGCGGGGAGAGGGGCCUGCAGACCCCAGUGUGGCCAAGCUACCAAUCCAUCCUCUCCAGGGCCGGCUGUGCGAGCCCCCUGGCCACGAUAGAGAGAUUGGAGUUUUAUGAGUGGACCAGAAAGGCUGUUGCUGUUGUGACAACUGGGUGA